AUGUUGGUCUUCAAAUUAUUUCUUCACCUAAACAUCAUAUACACAUGCUUGAGUUGUAAUUUGGGGUAUUACCCUACCAAUUAUAAUUGUGCUCUUUGUAACGCUGGAUAUUAUUGCCCAGAUGGACUAAAUAAAUAUGCUUGCCAAAAGGGUUAUUAUUCAAAAAGUGGUGCUCUUAUCUGUGUUAUUUGCCCAGAUGGACAAUAUUCACAAGAAUUGGCUUCUUCUGCUUGUGUUAAUUGUGGACCGGGGACUUAUUCAAAUGGAGACAACAAAGAAAGUUGCACAAAAUGCUCUGCUGGAACUUAUUCAUAUAUGGGUUCAUCAGAAUGUAGUAAGUGUAGUCCUGGCACUUAUUCUUCCUCAUCUGGAUCUUCGAGGUGUACACAAUGUGAAGAUGGUUAUUUUUCAUUAAGUGGGUUUUCUUCAUGUAUAAAAUGUACCACGUGUACUUCGUGUAUCUCAACAACUGGGAAGUGUACUUCAUGUUCAAUUGGUAGUGGCUUUGUAUCUGAUGGUAUUUGUGAACAAUGUAAAGCCGGCUAUUACUCUGAAGGUGGUACAACUUCAUGUUCAAAAUGUGGGUUUAAUCAAUAUUCUUUAAUUGGAAGUAAUUCUUGUACCUCAUGUAAUUCAAUGUGCAAAACAUGUGAUUCUACAAAUGGGAAUUGUCUGAGUUGUCAUGAAAAUAUGUUUCUUUCAAAUGGUAUUUGUGAGAGUUGUCCGGUUGGUCAAUAUUUCUACAUAAAUAGGUGCUUAAGUUGCCCAGAUCAAACGUAUUCUUUUGCAAAUAGUUCGAUGUGUAUGAAUUGUUCUUCAUGUGUUAAGUGUGACCAAACUAAUGGGUAUUGCACCUUAUGUAAGAAUGGGCAGUUUAUAAACGAUUAUAGUUGUGAUGAUUGUGUAGUUGGGACGUAUGGAGAUGGCUUUCAAUGUAUUCCCUGUCAAAUAGGAACAUAUUCAAAUAUACCAGGAAGUGAAAAAUGUACUCAAUGUAGUGAUGGUUAUUAUUCAAACACAACAUCUUCAAUUUCAUGUAGAAAAUGCAACAGUUAUUGCACUUCGUGUGAGAAAGAAAGUGGAUUCUGCUUUUCGUGUAUGUCCGGUUGUAUUUUAUCAGAAAAUCGCUGCAUUCAAUGUAAAUCUGGAACAGCAGCAAAUCAAGAAACAAACACAUGCGAUGUCUGUCCAGCUGGAACGUAUUCAAUAAGUCAAUCAACGUAUUGUACACCUUGUGGAAAUGGUUUUUAUUCCACAGAAGGAUCAUCAAAUUGUUUGUCAUGCAGUUUAACAUGUUUAACAUGUGACAAGACAAAUGGGAAUUGCAUAACUUGCAUUUCUGGGUAUGGAUUGGAUGAGUCGUUUAAUUGUAACAUUUGCUUAUUUGGAAUGUAUGCAAAUACAACAAACAAAAAAUGCCAACAAUGUGACAACAAAACGUAUCAGUCAAAUGAAGGACAAACAUAUUGCAAUUCAUGUGAUAUCAAGUGUGAAACGUGUGAUAAUAUCAGUGGCAAGUGCCUGACUUGUUAUGCUGGAUAUGAAUUCACGGACAAUACAAACUGUGAAAUUUGUGUUGAUGGGUAUUAUUCAAGUGGUGGUACAUCAUCGUGUUUGCCAUGUCCAAGUGAGUGUAUAAAUUGUUAUAGAGAAAGUGGGAUAUGCACAGCAUGUCAGUCUGGCUUUAAACAAGUUACAAACCAAACCACCGGAAAUGUAGAGUGUGUUUCAUGUUCAUUAAACGAUAAUUGUGCCUCAUGUGGUGCAAAUGAAUUCGAAUCUGAGAAAAAGUGUGUAGAGUGUGUAAGUGGGUAUUAUUUAAAAAAUAACAACUGUUACACGUGUUCACUAAUUACAAACUGCGUGCAGUGCUCACCAAAAAGUAAUGACUGUUUGACAUGUUCUGAUGAAUAUAUUACUGUUGGUGAAAAAUGUAUAUCGUGCGAAGAAGGCAAAGUGAAAGUCACUUCAAACGGGUGUAUGAGUUGUUAUGAAUUAAUUGCAAAUUGCCAACUGUGUGAAUACAACAACGGGAGUCAAUCGUGUACAAAAUGUUAUGCGCCUUAUAUUAUUGAUAAUGAUAAAUUUGUGUGUGUUCUUGGAUAUUCAAACACAACACAUUUUAACUCAGAAACAUUAAAAAGUGAUUUAAAUGAUGUUGGCUGUCUCCACCAAGUGAAUUCUUUUUGUUUUAUGUGUGAUGAAAACCACAUUUUAGUCGAUGGAAAAUGUGUAUUAAAACAAGAUGAAAGUUGCUUUAAUUUUUCAAUAAAAACAUGCGAAAACUGUUCUAAAAACGUCAUUACAACAAACGGCGAUUGUUCAAUUGGAAAUAUGUGCAAAUAUCAAAUUACUCAAUACCACCAAAUAUCUUGUUUGAUAUACAACAACGACACACAAGAAGGCACCAAAGUCAACAACUGUAGAUAUACACAAAACGAGUUUUGUUAUUCGGCGAAUGAAGGGUUUUACACGACACUUAAUAUCAAUGGGGAAACUACAAGUUGUGAAAAUGCAAAGAUCUGUCAAGUAAUUGAUGGUGAUAAAGUCGAUAUAUCAUGUAAAAGUUCUUUUGUAAUGACAACGAAUGUUUUAUGUUCACAAAAUAUAAAGUGUGGUAUAGUUAAUAACAGUGAGUGCACUGCAUGCCAACAAAACUAUCACAUUGCAAGUGGUGGAUGUGUUUCCAAUGACAAUGAAUGUGCAAUUCAAAACAGGGUAAUUUGCAUUGGGUGUAACAACAAAAUGGCUGUUGAUGGGAAGUGCGUUUCAACCGAUUCAAUCAACUGUAAAGAGUUUGUUGGUGGUGUUUGUACGCAAUGUGAUGAUGAUUAUUACAAAGACACGACUGGGUGUUUGCCAAAACAAGAGAAAUACAAAGACUGUGAGCAUGUGAGUGUUGUAAUGUCGUCGUGUUUGGAGUGCAACAAAUCAUAUCUUCUUGUUGACAAUUCAUGUGUUGACAAUGAUACCAACACAUUAAAAGCAUUCAAUUUACAAUUAAAAAGUGAAACAACGACAGACAACUGCAUGUUGAGAAGUCCAAAGGGGUGUAUGCGAUGUAAAGAUGGGUAUUACAUAAUUAAUUCACUCUGUGUGAGAUGUGAGUACCCCUGUACACAAUGCUCGAAUUUGACAUACUGCACAAAGUGUGAUGCAUACUCGUACACCAGGAAUGGCAAGUGUUUUGAAAUCAAUGAAAUAUUAAGUACUUGUGAUGUGAUGAUGUCGACAUUCGAGGGGUGUGUUGCGUGCAAAGAUGGGUACAUGCGAUCAAGUGAUGGCAAGCAGUGUGUUAGAUGUGACACGUCGUGUAAAACUUGUUCCAAUGAUGGUGAUUGUGUUGUUUGUAGUGAUGGAUAUUACAGAACUCCGAACAACAACACUAAGUUGUGCAACCCACAGACAGAAUUAAACAACUGUUUGAACAAAACAACAAGUGGCUGCACACUAUGUGAAGGUGGUUUUGCACCGAAAGAUAAUUUGUGUUACAAAUGUAGUGAAAACUGCACAUAUUGUGAUGCCACUUUUGAGUGUUCAAAAUGUGGUGAUAACAACAUUCUGAAAGACGGAGUUUGUGUUCACUUUUCUCAAAUACCAAACUGCAUUUCAUCACAAAACUCCCUUUGUUGGGAGUGUGCAGAUGGCUACAAGUUGAGUGACGACAAAAUUGAGUGUUUUGCAAACACGAAUUAUGGUAUCGUUGUUGGUCUUCCAAUUGUGUGUGUAAUUGUACUUGUUGUUAUAAUUGUCACAAUUAUAACAAUUGUUGUUCUGUUUGUGUUGAGAAAGAAAGAUAACAAACACACUGAAAAUAUUUGUGUCUUCAAGAUGAGUCGCUCCAAUAUUACGAUGACCAAAUUAGAUGGCGACAUUCUAUCAAACAAAAAUGAAAUAUUAUUUGGAAAUGAAAAUAACAAAAUACAAAUUGAAAGUGAAAGUCGUGAAUUGUUGUGUGUUGGCAACUCGUCUAAAGGUAACACGAAGAUUCAAAUCACAACAAAAGACAAAUGCGACAAAUACAAAAUUCGCACAGAACCACAAAUAGUGACUUUGAAGAGUGGAUUUGCAUGUGAAUUUGAAGUCUUUAUAACGCCAUAUUGCACAAUGGAUUUGAGUGAUGAAGUUGUGAUUGUAUCACUUGAUUUACAUAAUGGUAAACAAAACACGACUUUUAUUAACAUCAAAGCACUGGUGGAGCAAUCAACACGUCUUGAUUACGACGAAAUCAAAACUGAGAAGAAACUUGGCGAAGGCUCUUUUGGUAUUGUCUUCAAAGGAACUUACAGAAGAAAUGUUGUUGCAAUCAAAAAGAUGAAACAAAUUGACAACUCAAAUAAAGAAAAUACAAUUGAGGAAUUUAAGAAGGAAGUUGAAAUGCUUGAUAAAUUUAGAAGUGAGUACAUUGUCCACUUUUAUGGAGCCGUGUUUGUACCAAAUAAAGUGUGUAUGGUCACCGAGUUUGCACAAUAUGGAAGUUGCCAAGAUUUAAUGAAACAUAAAACAAGUAAUGAAGUUGACAUGAAAAUGCGAGUAAAAAUGAUGAGAGAUGCAUCAAAGGGAAUUUUGUAUUUACACGAAAAUGGGAUCUUACACAGAGACAUCAAACCAGACAACAUACUAGUGUUUUCACUUAAUAUAAAUGACAAAGUGAAUGCUAAAUUGACUGAUUUUGGAAGUGCCAGAAAUAUCAACUUAUUAAUGACUAAUAUGACAUUCACAAAAGGUAUCGGAACACCAGUGUACAUGGCGCCUGAAGUUUUGAAAAAGGAAAAAUACACAAAAAGCGCAGACGUCUUCUCGUUUGGUGUUACUAUGUUUGAAGUGUUUGGAUGGUGUAAAGCGUACCCACUUGACACAUUUAAGUUUCCAUGGAAAAUAGCAGAAUUUGUUAUAUCGGGAAAACGUCUUGAAAGAAGAGAGAAUAUCACAGAAACUCUGUUUAAAGGGAUAGAAAUGUGCUGGGUACAAGAAAAAACGAACAGAGUAUCUAUUGAUAGAAUAGUUAAUUUACUUGCUUUGUAUGUUAUGUGA